AUGACAAGUCAUACAAGUAUGACGUCACAAAGCGAUGUUGUUAUUAGUGGCAUUUCGUGUCGUCUGCCAAUGUCGAAUAACAUGGAAGAAUUGAAAAACAAUCUUUUAAAUGGUGUCGAUACGGUCCAGUGUGAUAAACCGAGGAUGAAUACUGGUUUGUCAUGGGAAGAAACGAAGGUCCUUGCUCCUAAUGGAGUAGUUCUUGCAUGCCACAAUGCGAAAGACUCGGUGACUGUGUCAGGACGUAAAGAUGUUGUAGAAACAUUCGUCAACACUGUCCUGGAUAAAGGCAUAUUUGCAAAACUUCUCAAUACCAACGGCAUUGCGUUUCAUUCUAAAGAUUUAAAGGCGGUUGAAAAACCAUUUAGCAAAUCUCUCAAACAGAUCAUUAAAAGUUCAAGAACAAAUACCGAACAAUGGAUCAGCACAGUUAUGCAUGAGAAUCUGUUGGACAGUGGACAAACCCGGUGUUUUUCAGCGGAUUAUCUGACAAAAAGUUUGACAACUCCGGUCUUCUUUUACGAAGCAAUACAAAAAAUUCCGAAAGGCUCCGUUGUCAUAGAAGUGGCACCACACUGUUUACUUCAACCUUUGUUAAGGCGUGCGUUAUCCGGUAGCUUCUGUAUUGCUGGGCUUAUGAAACGAGGCCAGACAGACAUGUCAUUCUUUCUGUCUAAUCUUGGACGAUGUUUCGAAUGGGGACUAAAUUUUAACCCUCAGACUUUGGACGGUCCAGCGUUGUUUCCAGUUCCCACUGGAACACCCACUGGAUAUCUUCACUUGAUUUGCAAAUCGUUUUCAAAAAUGCUAGGAAAGCACUACGGAUCGCAAGCCAUAAAAUUCAGAGGUGUAGAAUUUCACAGUGCGGUCGUUCUGAAAGCGGAAACCACUUGUAAAUAUGAUAAAGAUAAGACAGAAACAAAGCCGUCACUAGCAAUAAAUAUAUUACGAGACACUGGUUACUUUGAAGUAAUAAAAAGGGAUUCACUGGUUGCCACUGGAUUUGUGUUCGAGUCUUGUGUGAACGACAUCCAACGCUUGAAAUCAACAGAGUCGAAUAAAACUGAUGACCAAAACCAAACCUUCGAGCUAAGUCGGACGGAUGUGUAUAAAGAACUAUGUUUGCGGGGAUAUAACUACGGCGAUUCUUUUCAGUACAUACAGGCGUCAGAUUUAUCAGGUCGAAAUGGAUUGAUAAGUUGGCCUGGCAACUGGGUGACCUUCCUAGAUGCUAUGUUGCAAUAUCCGCUGUUGAACAAAAUGAAAAGAGGUCUCUUCCUUCCCAGAUGUAUACGAGAGUGUUUGAUACAUCCAGACAUGGUGACUUCUUUGCCAGUUAAUGCCCAUACACAAGUAAAAUAUACUUUGGCAACAGGUAGUUGCGAAACUGCCAUCGCAGUGAUCCGAGGUUCGCACUACGUUCCAGUUGUUUACCAACCGAGAGAUCUAUCACCUUUACUGGAGUCGCACACAUUUGUGCCAUACUCGUUUGGAAACAGCGAUAACCGAAAGAAAACUGCACUUGCGUGUGGAGGUGACGCCAUAACUGACAAACAAAAUGCCAAACAGCAGACAGAGACAGGAUCAUCAGGGAACAAGUAUGUUAGCGAUGAAGAUUUAAUGAUAUGUGUUAAACUUGUCUUAGAGAACAGUCCAAAUGUCAUCAAUGUCUUAAAGGUUGAAAGUAAAGAUUUGGUCCAAAAUAUCAAAACCUGCAUCUCUAAGAAUCCUCUUCACACAGCUACAUACUACGUAUCAAGCGGCAAUAAGAUAAAGGAAUACAAGAUGUCCGAAGACUUCUACAUUAGGGAUAGGCCAUUGGUUGAAGAUUCAGAACACGAUGGGAAAGAUUUUAACUGUUUUAAGAACACUUUUCAGCUUGUUUUGAUCCGUGAUGAUGUAUACUCAAGGAAGGCUGGUACUUGUAUUUCAAACGUUCUCUCUGAUGAUGGAAAGAAAAAGGUGUGUAUAAUGUCAGAACAGUCAUUUUUCUACAUCUCUCUUGGCGACUUUAAAUGGAUAGAGAAUUUGAAGAAGUUGUUUGCUGAUAUAAGAAAGACACAUUCCCGACAAAACUUGUGGUUGAUUACGGAGGAAAGAAACAGCGGGUUGCUAGGACUGGUGAAAUGUUUGAUACACGAAGAAGGGUAUGAUAAAAUCAGGUGUAUUGUCAAUCUCUCCGAUUCACCAAUAGAAAGUCAAGACAACAUUAUGAAUGAUAUUGUCAGUGCGGACCUGGCUGUUAACAUCUUAAAUGAGUACGGAUGCGUAGGAUCUUUACGAUAUGUGCCACUGAAGUGCAUAUCAAAGAUUCCAACCACAAAUGCGCAAGUCAGAAUCAAAAGAUCUGGUGACUUGUCGAGUUUGACGUGGACACAGUCAGAAGUAGAAAGCGAUGUUGAUCCUAAAAAACAGAACUACAUUGUUUGCUAUUCAGCCUUAAACUUCCGUGACGUGAUGAUAGCAGCUGGUAAACUAUCGCCGUCCGCCAAUCCUGGUCAAUACACGAGCCCUGAAGCCAUGCUUGGUAUGAAGUUCUCGGGUGUUGAUGAACAUGGAAAACGUGUGAUGGGUCUUGUUUCAGACCUGAAGGGUAUAUCAACAUCGGUCGUGACGCGAACAGACUGUGUUUGGGCUGUGCCGGCAGAAUGGACUCUUGAACAAGCAGCAACGGUUCCAAUGGCAUAUCUCUCUGCCUACUUGGCUCUGGUUGUCAAGGGUAACGUAGCUAAGGGUGAGACCGUCCUCAUUCACUCUGGUAGUGGUGGACUGGGCCAAGCAGCUAUAUCCAUCGCUGUAAGGUAUAGAUGUACAAUAUAUACGACGGUUGGCUCCGAUGAGAAGAUGGAAUUCCUACUGUCGAAAUAUCCGAUGUUAGAUAAAGACAAUAUUUUUAGUUCAAGAACAACGGACUUUGAACAGAAAAUACUAAUUGCAACAGGAGGAGCAGGUGUAGAUAUAGUAUUAAACUCAUUAGCUGGUGAUUUUCUCUACGCAAGUGUUCGUGUUUUGAACAGCUGUGGAAGAUUUCUAGAAAUGGGAAAAUACGAUUUGUUUCAAAAUGCAUCUUUAGCUGAAACAACUGAAUUAGACCUUCCUGGUUUCAGCGCUAUUGUGUUAAAAGACGGGUUGUGGCAAAACCAAGAUGAAGAAACAUUCAGAUGUGCUUAUGAAGCAAAAGCACAAGGAGUAAUUAACCUUGACAUUCUAACAAGGGAACUAUUUGAACAGACUUGCGACUGGUUUGUCUGUUUCUCUUCCAUUGUUAGUGGUAGGGGAAACAUUGGACAGACUAAUUAUGGAUAUGCCAACUCCAUCACAGAAAGAGUUUGCGAAAACAGAGCAAAGGAUGGAUUAAAUGGUGUUAAGAAACAGAUGCAAAUUAUGGAUGACAACAGUUUGAGUGACCUCGGUCUUGAUUCUCUCAUGAGCAUUGAAGUGAGACAACUUCUGGAGAGACAAGGAGGGGCAACCAUGUCACUGGAACAAAUUCAAAACAUGACCAUAAAGCAGCUUAAAGAGAUGUCAAAUUGCAAAUAG